AGUGACUGACCGAUAGUCUUUCUGAGAGAGAAAGAGAGGCUGGAUAUAAACAGCAGCCAGGCUUUCAGGCAGCGACAGCCAGACACUCAGAGCAGCCAUCUCGCCUCUCUCUCAGCUCCUCAGACCCAUGCAGGAUGCCCGGAGAGCGCCGGGGAGUCCUGGUCCAGCUCAGCCCGAGUUCAUGACGCUCUGGGCGGCCUCGUCAUGCGUCUCUUGCCCGAGCCCAGCGCCCAGUCCCUCCGGCUCCUCUUCCUCUUUAUCUUCGUGAUGGGGGUGACCCCUUCCCCGGCUCUCACAGCCGGCUGCCCCGACAGAUGCGUGUGCGACGACCAGCUGGUGGUCCAGUGCGCCGGGCAGGAGCUCACCCUGUUCCCCAAUGACCUGCCCCUGGCCACCCGGCAGCUCAUCAUCUCCAACAACCGCAUCGGGGACCUCCCGGCGCUGCAGCUCAACUACCUGUCCGAUCUGGUUUAUCUGGACUGCAGCAACAACUCUCUGACCGAGAUCUCCGAGUCCACAUUCGGGAAUUUGCGGAAACUCGCCUACCUGGACUUGUCGUUCAACACCCUGCUGCAGAUCGAGGACCGGACUUUCGGGCCCCUGGCGUCUCUGGUGAUGCUCCGGCUGACGGAUAACCCGAGUCUGGGGGAGAUCCACCCGGAUGCCUUCGCGGAGAACAUGGCUCUGCAGGUGCUGGAUGUGAGCCGGAACAACCUGACGGCCCUCAACAUCAGCAGCCUGAUCGCCCUGCCAGCUCUGCGCUCUUUGGGGCUCAGCGGCAACCCCUGGAGCUGCGACUGUGACACGGAGGACCUCUGCCUCUGGGUGCAGAUAGAGGGCUUCAAGUUCCAAGACGAGGGCCAGACAGUUUGCCAGAGUCCCCCAGAGCUGGCGGGCCAGCGGUUGGCGGAGGUCGGCAUGCAGCUGCGGGCGGACUGCCACCAAGGCCUGGGCUACUGGGACUACCUCUUCUUCAUCGCCAUCGGCUUCGUCAUCUUCUCGGCCGGCACGGUGUCGGCCUGGGUGAUGGGCGUGCUCAUGGUGCUGUACGAGCGCUACAGCAAAAGGAAGAGCGAGGAGCUGGACAGCGAUGAUGAGGACGAGAGGGGAGGGAUGGGCGGAGGGGGUGGGGGAGGAGGCGGAGGAGGAGGGAACCAGGGGAACGGGGAUCUGAGCAAGCCUGGCAUGCAGGUGUGA